AAAGAAGAAGAAGAAGAGGCAGAGAGCAAGACAGCAAAUAAAGAAUGUGCUGGGUGGCCUCAUUUUGGGAAAUGGCUGGUUUUUCUGCAAACACAUAAUGUCACAUUUGGACCAGAAAGGAGAGAUAAAGAGGGAGAGAGAGGGGUGGACGACACAGCAUGGACUGUGACUCUUUUCUCUUUUCUCCCUCCCUCUUGCUUCCUCUCUCCUGGGAUCGUGGCCUGUCUGUAUAAAGCAGAGCCCAGCCUUCUUUCCUGGUGCCACAGCUGAGUUCAGGCUGACUUGAAGAGACUGCCACUCAUGAAAACCUGCUGCACUCAUCAAGCUCCAGACUCAAGGAAAGUUGACUGAGCUGGUUGAGUUGAGAGCUCAGAAAUCAGGGAACCCAGCUUUUGGAGAGCCUCAGCGUUACGGGCAAACAACUGAGAUUGUUGAACUGUGUAAAGAUGCAGGAGAAAGGCUUCUUCAUCCAAAGGAAAGUAGCAGUCGCACUGUGCGUUGUGCUGCUAAUGCUGACUCAGCAGGUGUGUGCAGCUCCGCUGGUCCAACAGGUCAACUCAGAAGUGAAGGCCGAUACAAGUGUCCACACAGCGAGGAGGAUAGCUCGAAUGACCCCGCUGUGGAGGAUCAUGAACAGUAAACCAUUAGGAGCUUACUGCCAAAACAACUAUGAGUGUUCAACAGGACUCUGCAGGGCAGGACACUGCCAACGCGGCCCCUCAGAGUCUGUGAACUACUAGACGUCCCGGGAAAAUGACCAGCGUGUUUACAUGAGUGUACAGCCACAAUCCUUAUGAAAAGGUUCAGGUCCAGGCUUUUUUUUAAAAAUCGGUUUUAUAUUUAUAUGUGCCGAUAUGUUGCUGAUAAUAUCUAAAUGUUUAUAUGAAUUUACACAGCAGGUAGUUAUAUCCAAGAACAUGAACGUUGGGGGAAAAUCUAUGCUCCACUUGAAAUAUUUUGCUUUGAUGAAGAUAGGAGCAAUGGGGCAAAGUGCAAAAAUGUAAGAAGAGAGUAAUUUAGCUUUUUUUAUACUUGAUGCUAUCCAUGAUGUAAUUGUCUGAACCCAUUUAUGGUGCAAACAACUAAAAUGCUUGUUUUUUUUAUUACUAUGGAUCAAAAAAGUUCUCCCCUCUGAGACGUUUAGUGAUUCAAAAUGAAAACAAAAGUACCAAAAAGACUCCUCACUGCCAGUUAAAUGCUUGAUAACAAAAUUUUACUGGCAUUGUUUUACUGAUAUCAUGACGCCUUAGAACAGACACAACGCGACGUGACAGAUGACGGAUGGCACAGGGAAGAAUGUGAGCCAUUCAAGGGCUCACGGCCUUCAAAUCUUUCCACAUUUCCUCAUCGCUAUCUCGUGUCGUGUCUGAUAAGUUAUCUCUUGACUGUGUGCACAGAAGGUUUAAUCAUUCCACCGAUAAUGUGCCAAAUGGAAACAUGUGCGUCUCUUUUUUUUUCCCCCACAAGAGGAUUUUUUUGCCUUAGUUUGCAACUUUUAUAACUAAUUGAUAGGCUGCCGUCACACCAUUUUUCCUUAUUUCCUUUUCUGGCAGCCACUGUAGCAACAAUAUUUGUUCUCAUUGCUGAUUUCUGAAGUUUGUAUGAGGCAGAAAUUCUCCUCUAGUUCAAGUACACAGCAGUUUAAAGUGUGAUAUACAUUUAAAUGGGUCACAAAUAUCGAGUUUCAUUUUAAUUGAUUAUUUUCUAAAACAGCUGGGUAGUGGAUUUUAAAAAAAAAACUGUGCUAAGUGGGGAAUAUUUUCAGCUUCGGACCAAUGCACUUUUGUUACUCUAGCAACAGCUAUAGGCUUUAGGUCUCUUAUUUAACCCAUAAGAACCCAGAGUUGAAAAUUCUACCCCUAAAUGACAAAGAUCUGUGAUGUGACAUAUAUAGGAUACAUUGGGCGUUUAUGGUAAUUAUGUGCAAACAUGUGCUUCUCUUUUUUUCCCCCCGAAGAGGAUUUUUUUGCUUCCGUUUGCAACUUUUAUAACUAUCGGAUAUCCUGCCGUCACACCAUUUUUCCUUAUUUCCUAUCAAUUCUGGCAACCACUGUAGCAACAAUAUUUGCUAACACUUUACAAUAACAACUAAGUGAUGUUUAUAGAUGGUUUAUAAACCAAUUAUUAACCAUUUACAAAGUGCUUUACAUAUUUAAUUGUUAAAUGUUUUAAACCAAUUUCUUAAAGGUAUAUGAAUAAUUUCAAAAAUCAUUAUAAUACUUAAUAUGGUGUUAAAAAUGUUAAAAUGAGUGCAACUUAAACUAUUGAUAAACUAUUGAUUAUAAUUUAAUUGUUUGUUAAUGGUAAAGUAACUAUAAAGUUACAUUAAUAUACCAUUUAUUUGCCAAUAUAAAUGAUGCCGUUAGUUAAACAUUAAUAAAUUAUGUAUUUAAUAUUCUAAAUGGCCUAUAUACGGUUUAUAAAUGAUGAUUAAACAUUAAGAAAUGAUCUGUUUACCAUUUAUAAAUGAUGGUUAUUGUAAAGUGUUACCCAAUAUUUGUUAUCUUAAACCUCAGAAUUUUAGUAGAGUAAAUAUAUAUUUAUCAGCCAAUUAAAUGAAUUAUGACUCAUAUAUGUAUGACUAUAUAAUAGGAUGUAUUUGAUUAUUAUUAUCCAUUUAAGACCAGACUAGAAAGGCACCCGAAGAAAGCAGGGAGCAAAAAAAAGAGAAGAAGAACAGAUAAGACAAAGCAAAGAAAAGGAUCAGAGGUUACAAAAUAUUGAUGCAACGCUCAAGAAAUAUUUCCACAUCUUCAUGUUUAUUUUCUAUUUUUUCCCCCAUUUAUUUUUAGAAAGACAGAGCUUCUUAACAAAGUCACUUAUGGUAACAUUAUUCACAAUGUAAUGCAUGCUUACUGGUUUGGUGUAAUGCAGUAAUUCUCAUAUUUUAUUUAUUUUAACCUCUGUUUAAAAAUGUAAAAAAUGUACCCAUUCUUAAAAUAUAUAUAUUUGUUUAUGAUAUUUCAAUGCUUCGAUGUUUCAGAAUAAUCAAUCACUUUGACUGGAUUUUUAAAAAUGUUUUCCAGAGGGAACUUUUAUCUACUUUUAUCUUCUAUCUACUUGCUUUCAAUCUUAAAUCUUAAACCAAUAACAAUUAUCUUGGAUGAGUGUACAAAUAUUUUUGAACUGAUUUGUUAUGACAAGCUGCAAAGUCUUGUCUUUCUUUUUUUUUUUUUUUUUUGCACAUCCAUCUCCCGAAAGUGAUUUUGGACUUCGCUUCAACUCGCCUGUUUACUUCAUGCACAGAGCAGGUGGUUGCUGGUAUUUUGUACACUCAGCAUGUUUGAGAAAUGUUUGAGUAGGAUUGCACUUUUAAACCCAAAUUAUCUUUGUACUGUGUACUACUGUAUGUACUGUAUUACUCUCAUGUAGAAGGCUGGAGAAAAAGUGGAAUAAAAGCAUUGGGGGGAAAAGAA